AAUUAGAUUCAUAGACACACAAAAUCGCCAUCAACUCAGUCGAUGUCUAGCAUCUGGCAUUAAAAGAACAAUGAAAUUCUUGCUUCUCAUAAGUUUAAUUUGUGGCCUCAUUAUCACAAAUAGAGCAGCGGAAAUGAGAGGAAAUUAUGCAGAUCCAAAACACCCAGGAAAAUGUGUUGUUAAAGGUGUUGUAUUGUCGCCUGGAGAACAUCCCUAUUCACGUUGUGGCCGUAUGUUGUGCGGUGAGAGUGGUGCGGUUGUUUUUCAUACAUGUGGUGCCAUACUACCACCCGAAGGUCAUAAGCUGGGAGAACCUAUUCAUCCAACAGCGCCAUAUCCAAAAUGUUGUGAAAAACAUUAUAUUCCAAUUGAGAAGGAAAAUGAGUAAUUGUUGCAAAUAUAUAAAUAAAUAUACAUAUACAUAUGUAUAGCAAAUCAUAUGUAUUUGCGAUUUCUAUUA